GCUAGCGCGCUGCUCAAACCAGCGGAGCUUCGCUGUCACCGCGGCUAUGGCUUCGCGACCCGUCACUCUCGGCAUCGACUUGGGCACCACGUCCGUGAAGGCCGCCCUGUUGGAAGCUGCACCUGGCCACCCAUCCGGGUUCGUGGUGCUGGCCAGCUGCGCCCGGGCUGCCCGGGCAGAGACAGAGAGCGCAGAAGCCGGGUCCCAGGGCCGGGAGCAGGAUGUGACUAGAAUCAUCCAAGCCCUAAAUGAGUGCCUUGAUGCCCUCCCCCGGCAGCAGCUCCAGAGAGUCGGGGCUAUCGGAGUGUCUGGACAGAUGCAUGGCAUCCUAUUUUGGAAAUCAGGUCAAGGCUGUGAAUGGACGGAAGGACGGCCUGCCCUUGUCUUUGAGCCCAGAGUCGUGACCCACUUGGUCACAUGGCAGGACAGCCGUUGUAACAGUGGUUUCCUGGCUUCUUUGCCCAAACCAGCAUCCCAUCUCAGUGUGGCCACGGGAUUUGGCUGUGCAACCAUCUUCUGGCUUUUGAAAAACAGCCCAGAGUUCCUGAAGUCCUAUGAUGCAGCUGGCACCAUCCAAGACUAUGUGGUUGCCAUGCUGUGUGGCCUGCCAAAGCCCCUGAUGUCUGACCAGAAUGCUGCUAGCUGGGGCUAUUUUAACACCCAGAGCCAGAGCUGGAACUUGGAGAUACUGGAAACGGCGGGCUUUCCUGUCCACCUGCUCCCUGACAUUGCAGAGCCAGGCAGCACGGCAGGCAGAACCUCUCACUCGUGGUUUGAAAUCCCAAAGGGCACACAGGUGGGCGUAGCCCUGGGUGACUUACAAGCCUCUGUCUAUUCGUGCAUGGGCCGAAGGACUGAUGCAGUUCUCAACAUCAGCACCUCCGUCCAGCUGGCAGCCUCCAUGCCUGUGGGAUUCCAGCCACUGCAGACUCCAGAUCCUGCAGCCCCAGUAGCCUUCUUCCCUUACUUUGACAAGACCUACCUAGGAGUGGCAGCGUCACUCAAUGGGGGCAAUGUGCUGGCCACAUUUGUCCACAUGCUUGUUCAGUGGAUGGCGGAUCUAGGCCUGGAGGUUGAAGAAUCCAUGGUCUAUUCACGCAUGAUUGAGGCGGCUGCGCAGCAGAAAGACACGCAUCUCACCAUCACCCCAACAGUGCUGGGCGAGAGGCACCUGCCAGACCAGCUGGCCUCGGUGACUAGAAUCUCCUCGUCUGACCUUUCCCUGGGUCAUGUGACCCGGGCCCUGUGCAGAGGCAUUGUUCAGAACCUGCACUCCAUGCUUCCUUUUCACCAGCUCCAAGAGUGGGGUGUGGAACGGGUGAUGGGGAGUGGGAGCGCACUGUCCAGGAAUGAGGUGCUGAAGCAGGAGGUCCGGAGGGCAUUCCCUUUGCCGCUGUGCUUUGGGCAGGACGUGGAUGCAGCCUUUGGGGCAGCUCUGGUCAUGCUCCGGAGAGACCUCGACCAGAAGGAGUCUUAGUUCAGCAAGCUCUUUGGUUAAAGGAAUGCUGGUAAUCCUAUCUAAUCUACAUUGCCAACAUGAUCUCUGGAUUGUCCUUUUCCUGGACAGUCCUGUGAGCAGACUGUAAAUUAUACUUGAUCUUGAGGUAUUAUCUAAAUUGACCAAGAUCUUACCUUCAGGACAUGUGAUAAUCAUGCAACCAGGAAUCACUAAUCAGAUCCCAAACUAGUGCCUUCCAAGAAUAGAUCUGAGAGCUGAUUGCAAAUGCAAAUGUGAGAGCUGGAGAGAAUGGGAAGAGGGAGAGGGAGAAGAUGAGAGAGAAACACACAGCUUCCUGGUCGCUAGGCUCAUCUGUGCUGCAGUUGUAGACAGAAAGGGAAGAUGACUUCAGAGCGAACAGUCAGGCAGUCAUGGCUCCAAUUAAGCAAAGAAGACUCGCUUUAUGUCUAGCAUUUGGACUGGUCUCUAUAAGAGAUCCAUCUUUGAGUCAAAUGCAUUAUGGGAAAAUCCUUCCUGCAGGAUUUUACCAGGUGGCUGGAGGCUCCUUUGCAGUCUUGCUGUCCCUCAGCUCUCGCACGUUCUCUGUAUAGAGAGAGGCCUAAGGACGGUGAAGCAGGAUGCCUUGGAGGAGGCUGGGCCAUGUGUUUUCCUUGCCAUGUGCAUUUUUUUCUGGGAAAGUACUGCACCAGGGCUACCCUGAGUCCUUUCAACACAACUGACUUGAGGGCACAUUCCAGAGAAGGAAAAGCAGGUGGCAUGAACAGCAAAAGAGACCAGAGUACUGUGGUGAACGCUGUUCUGACAGACUGUUUUAAAGAUGGCGGCAAGGCACUGAGCCUUUCCCAUGACUGUGUACAAUCAUAUGUGCCCCUAGCCCCUGCCACAGGGGGUGGCCAGUUUCAUGAGAGAACCCCUUAUCCCACAGGUCCCACCCCUUUCUCUGUGGUGAGGGCCUUGCUGGCCUCUCAUGGCUCUGGCUCAGUAGAAAUGCCCUGCUCAAGUGGGCAUGCGUAUAGGGCUAGAGCGCCAUCAGCCUUCUCAAGUUACAGAACUUUCCAGGAGAGCGUGGACCAUCACCAGGCCUCCUCCUAGAAUCCUAGAGGACCCAAGGCUUGGGGACAGCUGUAACUUUGGGGAGCAGUCAUGUUGUCUCUUUGUAUGAGUCAUUU